AUGGCCCUGGAUCUCCACGACGGCUUCGACGCCUCCAAUGGCGUCCCAGAUCUCGAAGAACCCAUCUUCACUGUAGAACGCGUUCAGUUGCAGUUCUCAGUGGCGGCCGACUUCGUUGCGGCGCAGGUUGCCAACAAUGUCAUUGUCCUCGCCCUCUCCAACGGACGAAUCCUCCGUAUCGACCUGGAACGACCCGAAGAUAUUGAUGAUAUCGACCUACCCAAAAAGCCAUCCGAGAUCGGCAUGAUACGGCGCAUGUUUCUUGACCCGACAGCUUCACACCUCAUCAUUUGCACCGCGCUGGGCGAGAACUAUUACCUGCAUUCCCAGUCAAAACAUCCCAGACCACUUGGACGUCUUCGAGGCGUGUCCAUCGAGAGUGUGGCGUGGAACCCUUCGUUGCCUACAGCGUCGACACGAGAAAUAUUGAUCGGUGCAUCUGAUGGCAACAUCUACGAGGCUUUUAUAGAGACGUCAAAAGAGUUUUACAAAAAGGAGGUGAAGCAUUUGAAGAACCUACACAAACUACCAGAUGGUCCGAUUACAGGGUUGUGGGUGGAUAAUAUCCAAAACAAUAAAUCAGACCUCCGAAGGGUGGUGAUAGCCACGCAGUCUCGCCUGUUUCACUUAGUGGGAAGGAUAGGAUUUGGACAUGAUGGUUCAGGGUCGGUGUAUACAAGACUUUUCGAAUCUGAGCAACCGGUUGUUCACGAACUGUCCAGGACCACCUCCGGCGCUCCUUCCAGCCUGGCAGUAUCCCCCGAUCCCCCUGACUCAGGACCAUACGACGAUGAUAUUCCUGAUCGAGCAUAUGCUUGGUUAUCCUACCAGGGAGUAUUCCAUGGAAAGUUAUCAAACACACCCGCAGAUAGCAACCUCGGCACCAAGGUCUUUUCAGAAUCAAAAAUGCUCUCCAGAGCACAGAUUCUUUCUCCCGAGAAUAGUGAGAGGCGGGUCGCAACGACUGAGGCUAUCGAUGCUAUCGCGCUCACGCAGUGGCAUAUUGUGCACCUUGUCGGGGGACGUGUGAUCACGACGAAUCGCCUUACUGGAAAAAUGGUCUCUGAACACGACGUUAUUGGCCAAGGGCAGAAGCCCAUUGGCUUCUCCGUGGAUAUGCAGAAAAACACAUUUUGGCUGUUUACCUCCGAGGAGAUCUUUGAGAUCGUUGUCCGAGACGAAGAACGUAAUAUUUGGGAAAUCAUGACCAGGCUGCAACAAUUUGAGCCGGCUCUGCAACAUGCUCGAACACCACUGCAGAAAGAACUAGUCGCGGCUGCGUAUGGCGACCAUCUGGCCAGCAAAGGUCACUGGCUCGAGGCAGCUAGUGUGUACGGUCGUAGUAAUAAGCCAUUCGAGGAUAUUGCUUUGAGCAUCAUCGACAACAACCAACCAGAUGCCCUGAGAAAAUUUCUGCUAACAAAAUUGGCCUCGCUCAAGAAGUCUGCUAUGAUGCAGCGGAUGAUGAUAGCGGGUUGGCUGAUCGAGGUUUUCAUGUCCAAAUUCAACUUGCUUGAUGAUACCAUAAAUACACAGGCGGAGCCUUCAGAACACGUCAACUCAGCCGAAUCACAGAAAACACUCGAAUCCGUGAGGAAAGAGUUCAGGGACUUUGUUGACAAGUACAAAACUGAUCUCGACCGGAGGAUGGUAUACGAUGUGAUUAGCAGCCAUGGCCGUGAAGGGGAGCUUCUUUACUUUGCGAAUGCUGUUAACGACUACAACUAUGUGCUCUCUUACUGGGUUCAGCGGGAGCGGUGGAGUGAGGUUCUGAAUGUUCUCAAGAAGCAGACGGAUCCCGAAGUCUUUUACAGAUACAGCAGCGUUCUGAUGACAUACGUUGCACCAGAACUAGUCGAAAUCCUGAUGAGACAUUCUGAUCUGAAGCCUAGAAAUCUGAUUCCUGCUUUUCUAGACUACAAUCGGACGUUCACGGGUGGUCCGAACGCACAGAACCAGGCAAUAAGAUACCUCAACUAUGCAGUCUAUCAACUCAACUCGAAGGAUGCGGCCGUACACAACACUUUGGUUUCGAUUUACGCUUCUCACCCUUCCAAGGAUGAGGCUGGGCUUUUGUCAUACUUACAAGCGCAAGGAGACGAACCCCGUUAUGACCCGGACUUUGCUCUUCGACUUUGCAUUCAGCAUCACCGAACAUUAUCGUGCGUACACAUCUACACCAGUAUGGGGCAAUAUCUUCAAGCGGUUGACCUGGCUUUGUCUCACGGCGAGGUUGAGCUGGCAGCAGUGAUUGCGGAUCGACCAAUGUCGAACCCGCAACUACGUAAACGCUUAUGGCUUGCUGUGGCCCGAAAGGUCAUCUCCCAAUCAAAUGGGAUCAAGACAGCUAUUGAGUUUCUCAAGCGAUGCGACUUGCUCAAGAUUGAGGACUUGAUUCCUUUCUUUCCUGAUUUUGUUGUCAUCGACGAUUUCAAGGAAGAGAUCUGUGCUGCAUUGGAAGACUACAGCCGUAAUAUUGACAACUUGAAGAAGGAGAUGGAUGAAUCGUCACAAACGGCUACUAAUAUAAAGGUUGACAUUGCUGCGCUCGAUCAUCGGUACGCAAUUGUGGAACCUGGAGAGAAGUGUUAUACUUGCGGACUGCCGCUGUUGAGUCGACAGUUCUUUGUCUUUCCCUGCCAGCACUCGUUCCACUCCGACUGUUUGGGGCGAAAGGUACUCGAGCAGGCAGGUGUUGGAAAGUCAUCACGAAUCAGGGAGUUGCAAACGCAGAUACAGAAGGGUUUGGUCAGCGGCACGCAGAGGGAGAUGGUUGUUGCGGAACUGGACGCUCUCGUUGCGUCUGCUUGUAUUCUUUGCAGCGAUCUGGCCAUCAAGAGGAUCGAUGAGCCUUUCAUCACACAUAAUGAUAACGUCAACGAGUGGACGUUGUAA